UCAAUGAAAUAGCUUUACAGGGUGGAGCUAAAAGAAAAAUGGCUUCUGUAUCGGGAGGAGAACCGCAAGAUAUGGAGGUUGACAGACGAAUUGAGUCAGAAGAGUCUGGUGAUGAAGAUGGAAAAAGGAAAGGGUUGAAUGGCGAAUCUGACUCUAAUGAGACAAAACUGUCAGUAAAAGAGGGAGAUACCCCUGUUGACAUGGAGACUAUAACUUUGGAACCUGAAGCAGAGGAUGUAGAUCUAAUUCAUUGUCGAAUUGGCAAGAUAGAAGGCUUGGAAGUGCUAAGAAAAGUUAAAACACUAAGUUUACGUCAGAAUCUAAUAAAAAAGAUAGAAAACCUUGAACAGCUUAUUACACUGAAGGAACUGGACCUUUAUGACAAUCAGAUAAAGAAGAUUGAAAAUCUCCACACCCUUACAGAGCUGGAAAGCCUAGAAAUCUCUUUUAAUGUACUUCGGAAGAUUGAGAACAUUGAUGAACUCACCAAACUACGUAAACUCUUUCUUUUGAACAAUAAGAUUACCAGAAUUGAGAAUGUAUCUCAUCUCCGGCAGCUAGAGAUGCUUGAACUUGGUUCCAACAGAAUCCGGGUUAUAGAGAACAUUGACACAUUGUCAGAACUGGACAGUUUGUUUCUGGGAACCAACAAGAUCACCAAGCUUCAGAAUUUAGAAGGGCUUCACAGCUUGACAAUACUUAGUUUACAGAGUAAUCGAAUUACUAAGAUGGAAGGUCUGCAAUGUUUGGUAAACCUGCGAGAACUCUAUCUAAGCCACAAUGGGAUUGAGGUCAUGGAAGGACUAGAAAACAAUAAAAAACUGACUACAUUGGAUAUUGCUGCAAAUAGGGUAAAGAAAAUUGAAAAUAUUAGUCAUCUGACAGAACUUAAAGAAUUUUGGAUGAAUGACAACCAGAUUGACAACUUUAGUGACCUUGAUGAGCUAAAGAAUGCACACGGGCUAGAAACCGUUUACUUGGAGCGCAAUCCUCUUCAGAAGGACCCUCAAUAUCGGCGUAAAAUUAUGCUGUCACUUCCAAGUGUGCGGCAGAUAGAUGCUACUUAUAUUCGUUUUUGACUUACCUGUUAAGGCCUAUUUCUCUGCACCCUGUACAUGAUUGAUAAACCGUAAUAUGCAAAGUAUGGGUUUUAUUAAGUUGCGGGAAAUUUUCAGGAUGGUAGUCUUCUAGAAAAAUCUGAUCAUGAUCUCUCCACUGAGCUUACUAGCAUCUCUUAACAGUGUUUAUAAUGGUAUUUAUUCAUAUGUUAUAAAUGCACUCCUAAACAAAAAUGCAAGAAAUGGAUUUUGUUCCCUUUUAUAACCUUACUGUUUUUAGGCAUUCCAGGGACUGACUAGUAACUGCAAGACAUAUUCUGGGAACAGAGAAAGAGCCUACAAAGAUUUUAAAGUCUGAGCAACAAGGAAUGUAGUAAUUAAAGCUUUAUAGAACAAUGUUUUUGUUUAUUUUAAAAACAGUCUUUAGCUUACAAUGUUUUUUCUCAUUGUUCAGUCAGCCAGAUUGCUUAGGUUUUCAUAAUUACUUGCGAAUGUUCUUUGUGUAUUAGUUGAAAAUGUCACGAGUGUUUGAUCUGAAGGCUUAAAUCUCCCUGCAACACAAAGUUACUGUUAACCUUGAUUCAUGUUAACUUUGUAACCGGUUUAAAGUAAAAGCACUUAAUUAUCUCUUCUGUCAAAAAAACAAUUCAGGAUAAUUUUAUCUUUGACAAAAUAUCACUCAUCAUCAAGACAAUUGAAGACUAGCAGAAUAUUUUACAUGAAACGGAUUUACCAAAUUAAAGGAUGUGACAGUACUGCAUGAACUGCUUUGUUUAGCCUUUUUAAUUGUAUCACACAAUUUCUAAUAUAAAAAAACUGUACAGAUACUUAAAAUAAAUUUGAAUUUAAUUUACCUAUA